GCAAUUACUUCAAAAGAAACUGGUAUGUUCAGAUUUGUAAGUUUUCAGAUCGUGGGAAUAAAUCAAAGACAUCAAAAGGUGGGACAGGGGAAAAAAAAUUACGUUUGGUAGCCGGGUUUGUUCAACCAGCCUUAUAUGACAGUCAAUACUCGAGUGGUAGUUGUUGCUGCUGCUCUUGCGGGCACGGGCGGCAUUGGUUAUCGUCAGGAUCUCCCCUGGAAUAUUCCCGCUGAUUGGCAGUGGAUGGAACGACUUACAACAAAACGGUACAAGCACGAUGACACUGCAGCCGGCGCUCCAGAAUCGUCCCUCGAUUGGCACAACAUUGUCAUCAUGGGAAGAAACUCAUGGGAAUCGAUUCCGAUGCAGGGAAUUCCUUUGCAGCGACGUUUUAAUAUCGUGGUAUCGCGUAAUACGGCUUAUGAUGUCUACGCGAAAGGCAAUUUCUCCAACGUUUCUCUGGCCAGCUCCAUCCACGAAGCGAUCGCACAAGCGACCAAACUUCAACAAACGACCCAGGGACGCAUAUUUCUGCUAGGCGGUGCACAAAUAUAUGAACAAGGCGUCCAGUUACCCGAGUGCACGCACGUCCUACUGACACGAAUCUACAGUAAGGAACAUAUAAUGUGUGAUGCAUUCAUGCCAGCAAUCGAUCCAGACCAUUUCCGAGUAGCCACACACGAUGAAUUUCAAGAAUUCGUACAAGAGACUGUGCAACAAGGGCUGUUGUCAUUUGAGAAAUUCCAAUAUGAGUUUUGUCUAUACAUACGCAAACAGUAGAACUGCAUCUUUUAUUUGGUCUCUUCCUCUUCCUCAUCAUCUUUGGCGAAUACUGCAUUGGGUUGCGUUUUUUUAUAUACUAUAUUAGAGCAUGCUGUUAGUUGCUUAAAUUCCAAGAUUUUUAAUAUAAUACCAUCAUUGAUACAUUACCAUUGGAAACCCACAUGGGGUCC